AUGAUCCAGCGAGUCGCACUCCCAUCUGUUAACCAGGGGCGAUCCGUCCUACCACCGGGCAUAACUUCGGGCCCUUCCAGACGUGAACAGAUCUUCUCAUCAUAUUUCAAUGUAUUCUUCCCAGUUCAGGCGGAUGCGAGGUCCAGUGUGGACCUCUGGUACUAUCUUGCGUCCAAUUUCUCCGCGAUUCCCAGGAAAAGCGAGAUGUUGGAAAAGUCACUGGCCGCAUUGGCUUGUGCCUGGCUGGGGAAACGGAAUAAAGAUGCGGGUCUACUCAAAUAUGGUGUUCAACUUUACAAUUCCGCCAUUAAGAAAAUGGGGAGCAUGAUUACCCGAGACAUUUAUUCUGAUGACAUCAUUUAUUGCACCGUUCUCUUUCAGGAAAUCGAGGCCAAAGCCCCCCUGGUUCACACGAUAUAUCAUGAAUACCAGAAGCAGCGCUUGGUAAUGUCCGCCCAAGGAAUUAACAUUAACCAAGAAGAAUUCGACUAUAUCACCCAGCCAAGUGAAGGCAACCCAAAUGUGGAGCUCCUUCGUCUUUACGCUAAUUUCGCCCCAAUAUCCAAUGCAGUGAGAAUGGCUAGGCCCCCAAACCACAGAAUAUGUCGCAUGCUGCUCCGUAAAUGCCUUGCACAUCGGGAGAAGGUGACAGCAUGGUAUGCCAGCAAUGUCAGGCGGGGUCCAGAAGAAUGCGCCUUAGGAGAGGUUUUGACCACACGAAUUCCUCCGACAGACAAUCUAUUUGGUACCGCCUACCGAUUCCACUCUCUUGACAGUGGAAAAAUCCAUAUCAUGUAUUGGACGUUGCUCAGUAUCAUGCAUGUGGUGAUAUCUCGUGCCCGGAACCUUGUUCGCGUCUACUAUAUAGAUCCAUUCACGCCAGAUAUUGAUGAUCAGUUUGGCGAUCAAGAUUAUCUGAUCUCAAGCUACUGGGGCGAUCAGAUCGCCCGAGCAAUGCCUUACCAUGCACAGGACGACAUGAAAGCAUGGGGUAUGCACUCGGCAACAUUUUCUCUUUGUCAGGCCUGCAAGUCUGCGGCCGUAGAUUCCGGCAACCGGAAAAAGUUCGACUGGUGUCAGAGCGUUUUUAGUGCAUUUGGAGAGGCCGGGUUUGAAUCUUGCUUCCGCCUUUGCGAGGUAUUCACGGGAUUGUGGAUGAUGCACCAGGCUCGCCAAGCGGGUAUUACAGUGACUUCGCCUUCGGGUGAGCUACAAGCUGGCACUCCAGAGUCAGUGCGGAAACAACAUCAAGUCGUGGGCGGGGUUUCAGCAGUGCCAAAUCUCUUAGAUCAGGUGGUACAGCGGGAUGCCAACCCAUAG